GAGUCACAUCUGCCUUUGAGCUCCAUCGAAGAUGAUGAAAGUGAAGAGUUUUAUUGGUUCUAGAUUGAAGACUUACUCAGCAAGACAAGAAAAUUCUGAGAAGGAAUGUCUCCGUAGCUUGACGUGCAAGCUAAGUGUUAACGAGGAGUACAAGGAAGCUUUCAGGACAAACUCCUACUUAGAAAUUCGAACAAAAGCUGAAGAUCAAUUAGGCAUAACAUUCUUUAGCAAACUCUCUUCUCCUUCAUCCUCAGAUCUGAGCUUCCAUUCACACUUCACCCAUUACUUGCUCGACCCUCCUCAAGAAACUCUCGAUGCUCUUAUGCAAGACACGAGUUUCCACUAUCUUCUAGUUAAGUUCUUUGACUUUAGCUCUGAGGCUUGUGAUGUAUGCGAGUCUCUCCUUCAAUGCAUCCAACAAAUCAAGAUCAAUCACAUGAAAGUCAAAAGGGUUAUCAAGAUCGGGAAAAAGGUUUGUAAUGGUGCUAAAACCCCGGAGUAUUCACCCGAAAAGUUAUGUGCUUUGAUAUUUCAAGAGCUCUCGAGAUACGCCGUGCUGAAAAACCCUUUGUAUUGUAUCAUCAACGAAGCUCAGUUUCCCAGAGUUAAUGAUGCAAACUCGGAUUUGCUCGCUAGAUUGAAAUCGAAAAGGAGAAGAAUCAGAAGAAAAAUCAGGUUAUUUACAUUUUGCAAGAAGCUAGGAGGUUAUAGUCUAAAGAUUUCUCAUAUCGCGAUUGUUAUUACGUUUCUGAUAGUGGCAUUACACAGCAUACUCGGUGUUCUAGCAGCUCCUGUUUUACUCGGUUUAUGCUGUCUUUUGAGGAAGAAGAAAACAAAAAGAAAGAUGGAAAAUAAGAGCAAGACUGAUACAAAGCUAGAGAAGCUGGGGGCACAAAUGGAUAUAGCAGCUAAAGGAACGUUCAUAAUAAUGAAUGAUUUGGAUACGUUGAGUAGACUUGCUGGGAGAUUAUGCGAUGAGAUAGAGCAUAGAAAAGCCGUAGCUGCUAUGUGCGCAAAGAGUGGGAAGGUUGAAGUGUUAAAGGAAGCCUUGAGAGCGUUUAAUGGGAAUGAAGAAAGAUUCUCAGAGCUAUUGCAAGAGCUUGAAGAACAUCUCUACCUAUGUUUCCACACUAUUAAUAUAUCAAGAAGAUUAGUGUUAGCGCAAACCACAGGACCAAGUUCUUGAUUAUUUGACUCUGUUGGUUCAUCAAAAUAAAUACUUCUGCAUGGUUUUAUGAAUUAAUUAUCUUUUUUUUUUGUCACGAAAGCUUAUAUUAAACUAAAAAUCAAACGGGUUCAAACGAUUACAACCGGAGUUAAUCUCAACGGCUAGACAAUAAA